UUAGUACUAGUAUAUGGGACGAAUGUCACCUGUACAAAGUAAUGGAAAGCGGGCUACUGUUCCUAGCGGACUAUCAUUUCUGUCACACCGGCCUCCUCUGUUCCGGUCGAGAUUGGAACAGUAUAUACCGGCGCUGGUGACAUGUAUACAUUUUGAAGUGAACAGGAUCUGGCGUAUAUUAUAAGGUGUGACAGUAAUCUCGCUUUCUCACUCCGAUCUUAUCACAGUGACAAUCGGGACACGUGACACUAGUAACCACUUUAUUUACGUCCUUCAUUUCGUUGUAUCGCCACCAUCUGUGACGUACAUUCGUUGUCCGUAUAUCCUUGCCUCAACACGCGUAUAUAAACUGACCUCUCCCGGAGAAAAGCAGUUGCGAGGAGACAGCGGUGAAAAGCGGACCAACGUCGAAAGAAACGUGCAAAAUAUUUUUUUUCUCAAAAACAAGACUAGCUGAGAAGCUUCAAAAGUGUCGUCAUUUAAGUGAAGAUAAGAGAGUCGACAGACAGUGAGCGAAGAAAAGAAGCUUGGAAAACAAUAAAGAUGAAGAUGCUGUCUAGCAUUCUGCUGAACUUUAUAUUUGUUGCCAUAGCAACAGUGAAUGGAGCCUCCAUGUCAUUUUCGUACUCGCAAGUGCGAACGAAGCGCUCCCUGGCGGCUCCGUGUAGCCAGUGUCCGGAGAAUUUGUUCAGUGCUUCUGAGAAGGAAGAGAUGCUCAACUACCACAAUGAGGCCAGGAGGAUGGUACAACCGCAAUCCUCCAAUAUGAAACAGAUGAUGUGGGACCCAGAUCUGGCGGACUGCGACGGCCAAGACUACAUAAACCAGUGCAUCUACGCCCACGCCCACGCGGACCUGACCCCCUACCAGAACCAAGGGUGCACGUUUGACUUCGCCGGCCAGUACGUGGGGCAGAACCUCUACGUCUCCUGCAGCACCGUCAACAACAAGCCGUCUAACCUCACUGGCUUAGCUCUGCAGUCCUGGUUUAACGAGAACCAGUUUUACAACUACGCCACGGACACAUGUGACACCAAUAAAGUCUGUGGACACUACACACAGGUGGCAUGGGCCAAUUCUUUUAGACUGGGUUGUGCGUAUUCUGCGUGUCAAGGUGUUUCCCCCUGCGGAGCCCAGUUUCCAUAUUACUGGAUCGUCGUCUGUAAUUACUACCCCGGUGGCAAUUAUCAGGGACAGAGCCCCUAUAAUUCUGGCACACCCUGUAGCAAUUGUCCAAGCAAUCAGUAUCUAGCUAACCCCUGCAAUAAUGGACUAUGUGUCACUGAGACAGAAUGUGAGAUCUCCGGAGGCUGCGGAGGUGGCGCUACAGACGAAUGUGCCGCCGGCACGCACAACUGUGAUGCUAACGCAGACUGCACUGACACUGCCGACGGUUUUACCUGUGCAUGCAGAGCUGGUUAUACUGGGGACGGUCAGACGUGUACAGAUAUCAAUGAAUGCACUGAAAAUACCGACAACUGCCAUGCAAAUGCUCAAUGUACCAACACUAACGGCGGCUUUUCUUGCGCAUGCUCAUCCGGGUAUUCCGGAGAUGGAGUCACGUGCACAGAUAUCAAUGAAUGCACUGAAAAUACCGACAACUGCCAUGCAAAUGCUCAAUGUACCAACACUGACGGCGGCUUUUCUUGCGCAUGCUCAUCCGGAUAUUCGGGAAAUGGGAUCACGUGUACAGAUAUCGAUGAAUGCGCUGCAAGUGGGCCCAGCCCCUGUGUCGCCAACGCUGACUGCACUAACACUGUGGGAAGCUUUACCUGUGCUUGCAGCGCUGGCUAUACUGGGGAUGGCUCUAGCUCGUGUACAGACAUCGAUGAAUGCGCCGCAAACACCGACAACUGUGACGAAAACGCCCAGUGUACAAACACUGUUGGCAGCUUUACGUGCGCUUGUACAUCCGGGUAUUCGGGAGAUGGGGUCACUUGCACAGACAUCGAUGAAUGCGCUGCAAGUGGACCCAGCCCUUGCGCCGCCAACGCUGACUGCACUAACACUGUGGGAAGCUUUACCUGUGCCUGCAGCGCUGGCUAUACUGGGGAUGGCUCUAACUCGUGCACAGACAUCGAUGAAUGCGCCGCAAACACCGACAACUGUGACGAAAACGCCCAGUGUACAAACACUGUUGGCAGCUUUACGUGCGCUUGUACAUCCGGGUAUUCGGGAGAUGGGGUCACUUGCACAGACAUCGAUGAAUGCGCUGCAAGUGGACCCAGCCCUUGCGCCGCCAACGCUGACUGCACUAACACUGUGGGAAGCUUUACCUGUGCCUGCAGCGCUGGCUAUACUGGGGAUGGCUCUAACUCGUGCACAGACAUUGAUGAAUGCGCAGCAAACACCGACAACUGUGACGAAAACGCCCAGUGUACAAACACUGUCGGCAGCUUUACGUGCGCUUGUACAUCCGGGUAUUCGGGAGAUGGGGUCACUUGCACAGACAUCGAUGAAUGCGCUGCAAGUGGGCCUAGCCCCUGUGCCGCCAACGCUGAUUGCACUAACACUGUGGGAAGCUUUACCUGUUCCUGCAGCUCUGGCUAUACUGGGGAUGGCUCUAACUCGUGCACAGACAUUGAUGAAUGCACCGCAAACACUGAUAACUGCAAUGCUAAUGCUCAGUGUACAAACACUGUCGGCAGCUUUACUUGUGCGUGUACAUCCGGGUAUUCGGGAGAUGGGGUCACUUGCACAGACAUCGAUGAAUGUGCUGCCAGUGGACCCAGCCCCUGUGCCGCCAACGCUGACUGCACUAAUACUGUGGGAAGCUAUACCUGUUCUUGCAGCGCUGGCUAUACUGGAGAUGGCUCUAACCCGUGCACAGACAUUGAUGAAUGCGCUGCAAACACCGAUAACUGCAAUGCAAACGCCCAGUGUACAAACACUGUCGGCAGCUUUACUUGUGCGUGUACAUCCGGGUAUUCAGGAGAUGGGGUCACGUGCACAGAUAUCGAUGAAUGUACUGAAAACUCUAACAACUGUGCUGACGACGCUACCUGCACUAACACAGUAGGAGGUUUCACUUGUGCCUGCAAUGCAGGGUUUUCCGGAGACGGGACAUCUUGUACAGAUAUAGACGAGUGCUCAGCGGGGACAGAUAAUUGCCAUGACGACGCUGACUGCACCAACACUGCUGGCAGCUUCACGUGCACCUGCAGACCUGGUUUUAUUGGGGACGGGGUCACGUGUACAGCCGAUGUGGAUGAAUGUGCCGCUGGUACCCACACCUGCGUUACCAACGCUGACUGCACAAAUACCCUGGGAAGCUUUACCUGUGCCUGCAGUGCUGGCUUUACUGGGGAUGGCUAUACGUCGUGCACAGACAUCGAUGAAUGCGCCGCAAACACCGAUAACUGCAAUGCAAACGCCCAGUGUACAAACACUGUCGGGAGUUUUACAUGCGCUUGUACAUCCGGGUAUACGGGAGAUGGGGUCACAUGCACAGAUGUCAAUGAAUGCACUGAAAAUACCGACAACUGCCAUGCAAAUGCUCAAUGUACAAACACUGUCGGUGGCUUUACUUGCGCAUGCUCAUCCGGGUAUUCUGGGGAUGGGGUCACGUGCACAGACAUCGAUGAAUGCACAGAAAAUACCGACAACUGCCAUACAAAUGCUCAAUGUACAAACACUGACGGCGGCUUUUCUUGCGCCUGCACAUCCGGGUAUUCUGGAGAUGGGGUCACGUGCACAGACAUCGAUGAAUGCGCUGGAAGUGGACCCAGCCCCUGUGCCGCCAACGCUGACUGCGCUAACACUGUGGGAAGCUUUACCUGUUCCUGCAGCGCUGGCUAUACUGGGGAUGGCUCUAGCUCAUGUACUGACAUCGAUGAAUGCGCAGCAAACACCGAUAACUGUGACGAUAACGCCCAGUGUACAAACACUGUUGGUAGCUUUACGUGCGCUUGUACAUCCGGGUAUACUGGGGAUGGAGUCACGUGUACAGAUGUCAAUGAAUGCACUGAAAAUACCGACAACUGCCAUGCAAAUGCUCAGUGUACAAACACUGACGGCGGCUUUUCUUGCGCAUGCUCAUCCGGGUAUUCUGGUGACGGGGUCACGUGCACAGAUAUCAAUGAAUGCACUGAUAAUACCGACAACUGUCAUGCAAAUGCUCAAUGUACAAACACUGACGGCGGCUUUUCUUGCACGUGUGCAUCCGGGUAUUCUGGGGACGGGGUCACAUGCACAGAUAUCGAUGAAUGUACUGAAAACUCUGACAACUGUGCUGACGACGCUACCUGCACUAACACAGUAGGAGGUUUCACUUGUGCCUGCAAUGCAGGGUUUUCCGGAGACGGAACAUCUUGUACAGAUAUAGACGAGUGCUCAGCGGGGACAGAUAAUUGCCAUGACGACGCUGACUGCACCAACACUGCUGGCAGCUUCACGUGCACCUGCAGACCUGGUUUUAUUGGGGACGGGGUCACGUGUACAGCUGACGUGGACGAAUGUGCCGAUGGUAAUCACACCUGUGCCGCCAACGCUGACUGCACUAACACUGUGGGAAGCUUUACCUGUGCCUGCAGCACUGGCUAUACUGGGGAUGGCUAUACCUCGUGCACAGAUAUAGAUGAAUGCGCAACCAACACCGACAACUGCCAUGACGAGAGAGCCACCUGUACGAACACCGACGGCGGGUUUUCAUGCGCAUGUAUAUCCGGGUAUUCGGGAGACGGGGUCACGUGCACAGCAAUCAACGUGUGCGAAGCCACCCCCGAUAUUUGUGGUCCAAACGGUGCAUGCAGGAUCCGACGCGGAAGGUACACUUGUCGCUGUCGCAGAGGAUAUCGGUUCACCAAUGGCACCUGUGAAGAUAUCGACGAGUGUGCCCUGGACGUGUGCCGCCCCCGUAACGUCAGCACGUGUACUAAUACAGAGGGAGGGUACACUUGCGGCUGUCCAGACGGCUACCGACUCAGGCGACGCCGCUUUUGUGUCCCGAGAAGAGGCCUUGGCGGACGGCCUGGCGGACGGCCUGGUAGAGGGCCUGGUAGAGGGCGGGAUUAUAUCGAUGAAUGUACUGAAAACUCUGACAACUGUGCUGACGACGCUACCUGCACUAAUACAGUAGGAGGUUUCACUUGUGCCUGCAAUGCAGGGUUUUCCGGAGACGGAACAUCUUGUACAGAUAUAGACGAGUGCUCAGCGGGGACAGAUAAUUGCCAUGACGACGCUGACUGCACCAACACUGCUGGUAGCUUCACGUGCACCUGCAGACCUGGCUUUAUUGGGGACGGGGUCACGUGUACAGCUGACGUGGACGAAUGUGCCGAUGGUAAUCACACCUGUGCCGCCAACGCUGACUGCACUAACACUGUGGGAAGCUUUACCUGUGCCUGCAGCUCUGGCUAUACUGGGGAUGGCUAUACCUCGUGCACAGAUAUAGAUGAAUGCGCAGCCAACACCGACAACUGCCAUGACGAGAGAGCCACCUGUACGAACACCGACGGCGGGUUUUCAUGCGCAUGUAUAACUGGGUAUUCGGGAGACGGGGUCACGUGCACAGCAAUCAACGUGUGCGAAGCCACCCCCGAUAUUUGUGGUCCAAACGGUGUAUGCAGGAUCCGACGCGGAAGAUACACUUGUCGCUGUCGCAGAGGAUAUCGGUUCACCAAUGGCACCUGUGAAGAUAUCGACGAGUGCGCCCUGGGCGUGUGCCGCCCCCGUAACGUCAGCACGUGUACUAAUACAGAGGGAGGGUACACUUGCGGCUGUCCAGACGGCUACCGACUCAGGCGACGCCGCUUUUGUGUCCCGAGAAGAGGCCCUGGCGGACGGCCUGGCGGACGGCCUGGUAGAGGGCGGGAUUAAAUGACGCCACGUGCAACUGCUUGUUUAAAUCAGAUCAACAAUUAGAUUGUGAUCGGUCAGAAAUUAAAUACUUGGUAUUAUUUUUAAAGCUUGUGACAUAAUGUUAAUUUUGUUUUGGUAGUAUUGUGACGUCGAAAUCGAGAAAUCGGUUAUGCGUAGUAAUGUCAUUCUGGAUAUUAUACUUUGAGACCAAAGGUGACUUUAAUUUUUAUUUUCAAGAACUAUUCAGUUAUUGUAAAUCCUGAAGAAAUAAAAAAUGACCUUUGCUGGUCAAAUGUCA